UGCCGCCGACCGUGGCAUACUACGACGGCAGGGAGGCAGAGGUCAGCAAGCAUCCGGCGACAACUGUCCAGGCGAUGGGGGAGAUAGUAGACCCACCCGAACGAAAGUUCAAGGUCCUGUGCCUGUUCGCCGCUCUGCUGGGCAGUGCCCUCGCCGUGUACGUCCCCACGUACGGCGUGCCGGUGGGUGCUGGAUACCCCUACGUCCCUGCUGUCACGACGGUGCACGGUGCCCCCGUAGCCGCCGUGCACGGUGUCCACAGCGUGGUGCCGGUCGCUCCCACCGUCCACAACGUCGCCACCCCGUACGGCUACCGCACCACCGGCGUCAGCUACAGCCACAGGGUCGACGCCCACCCGCUGAAGCUGCGCUACGUGUACGGAGUCGCGCCGUACGGCCUCAGCUACAGCUAUGGUCUUAGUCCCUACGGCUACGCUCCUGUCCUGAAGAAGUGAAAAAAUCUCAAUUGACACAAGAGACACCAGGCCCAUUUCCGGAAUGACAGACACAAGCUGGCGCCAAAAGAAAACACUUUCGUUCCUGUUGUGAUUGCUGUUGCAUGGCCGAAGAAAUGACAAAUAAAAGCA